ACAGCAUCAUUAUGUUCAAAGCAUAUAAAAAGCAGUUUGGGCUCCCAUCGACAAACUGUGAACAGUGAUUGAGUCUGGCUUGUGGAGUUGGUGGGUCGGUGAAUCAACUUUAUUGAAAAUGAGAUACAUUAACCUUGCAGUGUGUUUUCUGGGCGUAGUGGUUUCGGCGCAGAAAUGUACGGAAAAGAGGUUUCCCUACCUGAUGUCAACAUUUGCAGACGCCAAACCGGAAACGACGGGUGGAAUUUGGUAUCGCUACCGUUCUCUUGACGCCAGCAGAAAACCGGUAACCAACGUCCGCGUGAACGUCACGCUUAUCGGACCCACCACGACUCCGCUAACCAACGAUCCCGCUCAGGCCUACUGGACCACGACGGCUUAUAAAGCCGAUGAUGGCAAAUGCCACGCCGAUUAUUAUAUGGCCAUGUACUCCAAUUCCGGCCGAAAGGUUGGAUAUGGUCUUUCCUCGGUCGAUGACUCCCUUAUUCAUCCUCAGAACUAUGCGUUGAUCUACACCGACAACAAAGAGCUCUCGAUCGAAUAUGGGUGCUUCAAGAAGAACAACAAGGACGUCGUGGCGUCGACUUGCGACCAGCCGGUCAUCCACGUGGACACCCGCAUCAAACCGGAAGACCUGACCGCGCAGAAGCAGGCCGACUUCGACAAACUCAUCGACGUCAUGUUCUCGCUAAACUGCAUUAAAGCCACUGAUAUCCCCAAAGUUGAGUACAAGCCGGAGUCCUUCUGCGACUUUACGCCGGCUCCCGACUGCACGACGCGAAUGGUCAAAGGACUGGCUGAGAUCACUGUUAAGCCCAACGCCAAAAAGGUCACGGCGGCGACUAACAGCAAGUGCAAGUGGCCGCUGGUCAUUCCCGGCGAAAAGAAGCACGAGCCGAAAAAGGUUGUUGGACUGUGGCAUCUCUAUCGCAAAUUGUACCCCGGCGAGCAAGACACAAUUAACCAGGUGUACAACGUGACCGAUAUCGGUUUGGGCGAACUGCCGCUCAGUGCGAUUGCCGCUCAGUGGCAGUGGCUUCAGUAUUCCAAGUACUACGACGAAAAGGACACCGCCUGCAGUAGCGGUUUUUGGAUGGGCGCUGUGGGCGCCAACGGGGCCCAGAUUGGGUUUGACGUUACGAACACCGGCGAACCCAUGCCCGUUUUGAACAACAUGAAUGGUUUAUACUACGACAACGAUUUCGCGCUGGAUUAUGGCUGCGUUGUGCCCAACACAAAAACCGGCGUGUGUGAAAAGCCUUUCGUCUACGUCAGCACGCGCACCCGACCGACCAAAUUGAAGCAAGCCGAUAGGGACAAAUUUGACAAGAUCAUUGAUGGUUUCUUCAACAAGUACGGCUGCAGUGUCAAAGAUGUGCCCCUGAUUAAAUUCAUCGAUUCCAAACCAGCCUGCGAAUUUGCCGAACCCACAGCAUGCAUUGCCAAGGCCGUCGAGGGUCUCAAACGAGCCACCUUGGUCUGAACGGGCACUGAAGGAUGAUAACUAGUUUAGGGCAAGUCUUAGUGAUCAUGGUGUGCCCUUUGUCAGUUUCCAGUUUCUUGUGGUGGGAGAGUUUCGAACAAUAUUUUCGUUAAUGUGACACACGCAAUUCGAUGCCGGUACUUAUGUUGGCGCAGAGUUGUUUUGAAAACCUACGAAAUAAACUGGAACAGGUUG